CUUUCAGAAGUUGAGAGAAGAAGAAAAAAAAAGUUAGUUCGGUUAGUGAGAGGGCUGUGAUUUUCAAUGCGCAGUACAGUCGUUACCAAUGUCUGCGUUAGAGGAGCCGUAAACUUUUGGGAAAGUCGCACGGACAGCGCAUUUAAAGAGUUCAAAUACUUCAGAAGAAGUUUAAACGAUAAACUUUAGUAGAUAUGCGCGUUUCCACAUUUAUUGGGGUGUUCUCGGGAAGCAGAAAAACACACCGUUGUCUACUUUUUUCGCAAGGCUUGAAUAAUUAAUAAAGUGGACGGACAGAAAACGGUUUUGAGCUGUUUGGAUUUAAUUCUUCGGCAUUUUAUGGUUGCAGUCAACUUUUCCUGUUUACACCAUUUCAGUCGGAUAAAAAGAAGAGCUCAGUUUGAUCUGGAGUCAUGGAUCCGAGCCAGCACAACCCUCCUGCCGGCCACCAGAUCAUCCAUGUUCGGGGAGACUCCGAGACCGAUCUGGAGGCUCUUUUUAAUGCUGUGAUGAACCCGAAGAACGCCAUCACCCCCCCUUCCGUGCCGAUGAGGAUGAGAAAGCUGCCAGACUCAUUCUUCAAGCCGCCAGAGCCAAAGUCCCACUCCAGACAAGCCAGCACGGAUGCAGGUACUGCUGGUACCCUCACGCCCCAGCACGUCAGGGCACACUCCUCACCCGCCUCCCUGCAGCUGGGUGCAGUUUCUCCUGGCACCCUGAGCAGCAUGGGUCCAGCAAACGCCCCACCUCAGCACCUCCGCCAGUCUUCUUACGAAAUACCUGAUGAUGUGCCACUGCCCCCAGGCUGGGAGAUGGCCAAGACCCCUUCAGGCCAGAGAUACUUCCUAAACCAUAAUGACCAGACGACCACCUGGCAGGACCCGCGUAAGGCCCUUCUUCAGAUGAACCAGGCCGCCCCGGCCAGCCCAGUGCCUGUGCAGCAGCAGAACAUCAUGAACCCUGCCUCAGGUCCUCUUCCUGAUGGUUGGGAGCAAGCUAUUACCUCAGAAGGAGAGAUCUACUAUAUCAAUCACAAGAACAAAACCACCUCUUGGCUGGACCCACGACUUGACCCGCGUUACGCUAUGAACCAGCAGCGGAUUUCCCAGAGUGCUCCAGUGAAGCAAGGCUCCCAGUUGCCCUCCAGCCCACAGAGCGGAGUGCUGGGUGGAAACAACCAGAUCAGGCUGCAGCAGAUCCAGAUGGAGAAAGAGAGACUGAGGAUCAAACAAGAGCUCCUUCGCCAGAGACCCCAGGAGCUCGCCCUGAGAAACCAGCUGCCGACCAGCAUGGAGCAGGACGGCGGCACUCAAAACCCUGUGUCCUCACCCGGCAUGGGCCAAGACGCCCGUAACAUGACCACCAACAGCUCUGACCCGUUCUUGAACAGUGGGACAUAUCACUCCAGAGACGAGAGCACAGACAGUGGCCUGAGCAUGAGCAGUUACAGCGUCCCCCGCACUCCAGACGACUUCCUCAACAGUGUGGACGAGAUGGAGACAGGUGAUACCCUCGGCCCCAGCUCCAUGGCAACACAGCCCAGCCGUUUCCCCGACUACCUAGACGCGAUCCCGGGCACAGAUGUGGACCUGGGCACGCUGGAGGGGGAGAGCAUGGCUGUGGAGGGCGAGGAGCUGAUGCCCAGCCUGCAGGAAGCCCUGAGCUCUGACAUCCUCAACGACAUGGAGACUGUGCUGGCAGCUACCAAGAUCGACAAGGAGAACUUUCUAACCUGGCUAUAGAGCACCUGAACCCAGCACUACGCCUUCUCUUCCAACAUGCUGAACUGCUGCCUAAUCCAAUCUGUGAAGGAUGUGUAGAUGCUUUGAGUUGAGAAAAGAAAAGACGUUUCACCCUACUGGACAGUUGUUUUUUUUUCUUUAUCUUCUGUUCACUACGUUUGGCCGAAUUGGUUUUAAAAGCUGAGGUAUUUUAACCUUUGGUCCUUUUGUGCUUUUUUUUUCCCUUAUGUUUUUUUUUUUCGUGUCUGCAUCCUCAAGGCUGGCCCAUGAACAGACAAGUAUUCACAAGUACCCAAAUCUCUUUCACGGCUGUACUGACAGCCCAUCAGCGUGCAAGUAUAUGAAAGUGAAGUUGUGUGCGCAAAGUGUCGUGCAUCCCCUCAUGAAAACUCCUCGCGGGGCGAACAGGUGUUCCCCAAGAGAGAGAAAUAAAGACAGACGAACCCUUAAAUCAACCUACCGCAACCUCCUGUGACUGCAGAUCCCAUCUCAGAACAUCCUUGAUCUCAGCUCGCCUACUUUUUUCCUCACAGUAAUGAGCCUGAGAAACCAAAAAGUGAUGAGGAGGUUGUCUGUACAUGUUUUGUUACAGAUAGGAAUGGGAUUGAAAGGUCUAAAUCUUAAGGGUUUCAAUGUGUGGCUUUGGUUAAAUAAAUACUGCUGCUUGGCUGUGCCAGCAUAUCACACUCGAAACCGUCAAAUCAAGUGCCUUCAGACAAAAAAAUUGAAACAUGUUCCUGUUUUUACACUAGAGAUCAUAGAUCAAAUUUGACGUUUGCUUUUACUUACUCGCUUCAUUAAUCAAAGUAUAUUUCUUUCAAAGGUUUUAUAAAAAAAAUAUUAUGUUGGGAAUUAGGGUUUGAUUUUUUUUUUUCUUUCUCUUUAAAGAACCCUAGCCUCUUUAUGUGUUAGUUUUAUUUAAGCCUGAUUUUGUUUCUUGAGGGUUAUGGCAUUCAUGUGUGAUCAAAGAACAAAUCAGAUCUGGUUUUUGCUCUCAUGUAUACAGAACAACUAUUCUCAGAGCUGCCUUACAGUACAUGAUUCACAAAGAACACUAACUAGAUGGACGCUAUCAUUUCUGCUAUAUCAUGAUCAAUUUGAGGAGGGAUCGUUUGGUUUUGUUACCUGUAUCUAUUUUUAUCUUACAAUUUUAGUAUCUCAGUUGAUAUGUUGUUGCUUACUUGCAUAUUUUAGUGCAAAUCUCUUGUGAUUAUUUUUUGUUGUUUUGUUUUUUUUCAUCCAAAAGCAUGGAACUUAAAUAUCAAGGGCACUUUGAUCAAUAGACAGACAUCUCUGAUAUGAGCUCCAGUAGAGUCUGGAUGGAUAUCUUGCAGGAAAAGGAUGGUUCUGAUAUGUUUAGAUGGGUAGAAGAGCAUGUCUUGAGGGUUAGUGCUGUAGAUUCAGUUAACUUGGAUUUGAAUUUGGUAACUGUGGAUAUGAAUAAUAGAGUAGACUUCUAUGGAAACAAUCAGUUAUCGUUUCUGUCAGGAUUUCUUUAAGGCUUCCAAAGACUUUUUUUUUUUAAAAAUGAAUCUUUUAAUGGACGACAAAAAAAUAAUUGAUCAUACUUUUAUGUACACGUAAGACAUAAGCUAAUGAGAAAAGGUGUAAUUGAUUUGUGAGGAGAUCUCUAACAAAGCAAGAUUUGACAGGUCCUGAAGACACAGUAGGAAGGUUACAUAGGUUUACAUUAUUUCACUAGAGUAGAACACUACAGGGAUUUGCCCAUUACAAAUUUGCUGCAGAUGCUUUGCAUUCAGUAAUAUGAAUAUUUCCUCUUGUUUACAAUAAGGUUACCUUUACACUACAUGAUUAUAGCUUAAUAAUUGGCCCUUACACUAAAUGUGUGUUGUACUGAUUUUUUUUAUUUUAUUUUAUUUAUUUUUUUUUUUAAAGGUGAGGUUUUAUCAGUAUAAUAUUCUGUGGUCUGUGGGGUGAAUAUACUGCUAAGAUUUAUAACUUAAUUGGCUCAGUAAACAAAAAUGUUAUGGUCAAAAAACUGCAAGCUAGGCCAUUGUAAAGAAAGUUAGAGGUUAUAGAGAAAAUGAAAGUGGUGUGGAAAACAAGAAAACAAAAAGACAAGCUAAGAGAAAUAUCUAUUUUUGCAAACAUAGUAUUGAUGGCAGACUCUAGUCUAGGGGUAAAACAGUGUUGGAGAGAGCAAUGCAACAAAAUGUUUUAUGAAUUGUGGGUACAGUGAUGGUAUUGCACGUUUAUAGAACAUUGACUAAAAUGUGUAUGUCACUUAAACAUGAUUUUAUGCUUGCUUAGUGUGCAACUGUUCAGAAUAUAUAGUAACUGUUUACUUUUUUUUUGUAGUGGUAGUACUAAUCACACAAGUUAAUGGAUUGGUAUUUAGAUUUCUUUUAAAUGCACCCACAAUGAAUUUAUAUCCAUUUAUGAUCUCUCUCUCUCUCUCUCUCUCUCUCUCUCUCUUUUUAAAUCAAUGUAUGUGCAUGUACCUUAGAAACUUAAGUUCUGUUACAUUAUAUCUCUUUACAUAUUACUUUAAAAUUGGCCUGGAAUAAAGUAUAUACUUUGGUA